CGUGAACUCGCUCCGAAGUCCGACUACAGCGCCAUUGUUGGACCCGUGGAUCUCUGCGCCGCUGCUGCGUCGUGUCGUCAGGUUCCCAGGUGGAAACGACUCCUCCCCAACCCGGAAGAGAAGACGCGCACAGCAGGGGGCGACAGUCAGAAAGGAGGCGACGUUGUAGCAAGUGAAACACUUCCGGGUCGAACAGCAGCUGUUGAACAACAACAACAACAUGAGGACGUCGCCGGUGUUCGGUCGCUUCCGGUGACGGUAGAGUCGCGGUGUCACGGGUUGUUGUUGGUUUCGUGUGGAUCUUGUUCGUGGAGCUGCUCGGUGAUGUUGUUGCUCCGCACUGCGGCGCUCGGCGCCAGAGGUCUGACCGCCCUGCGCCGCCUGCCCGCCGGCCGCACCGCCUCCAGAGGCGCCGCUGCCUACAUCCAGGGCCAGAGCCCCGAGCCUCGCAUCCGGGAAUACUUCUACUACAUCGACCACCAGGGACAGCUUUUCCUUGAUGACACCAAAGUGAAGAACUUUGUCACGUGCUUCAAAGACAAACCGUUCCUGGUCUUCUUCUUCAGUCGCCUGCGCUCGAAUGGGAGCGGCCGCUACGAGGACGACUUCCCCUUCCUGUCGCUGUGCGGGCGGGAGAGGAACUUUGUGCGCUGCGACGACCGACCCGUGGUCUUCACCCACCUGCUGCCGGGCGCGACGGGAGACCGGGCGAUGCUGUCGUACUGCGGCGGCGCGGAGAAGCUGAGCGCCGCGUUCCGCCCUGAGGCUCUGUACAUGCACCCCGCCAGCGGGCGGGUGUACCACCCCUGCUCGGAGCGCUGGGGGGGCGUCGGCCUGGUGCGGUCGGCUCUGGCCAUCGAGCUCAGCCCGUUCUUCGUCUAUCCCCCCGAGCAGAGCCAAUCGGAAUCGGGACAGCCGACGCAUUUCCUGUGGGGAGGGCAGGAGCACGCGCUGACCAAUGAGCUCGCCGGACUUUUCCCCUCGGGAGACGAGGGCGGCGGGCAGCAGGGGGAAGUGGGAUAACGACCAGGAACGGGUCACAAACACUUUACUGUGAAUCCACCUACAACACGUCGGGUGGUUGCUGAGAAGUUUGAAAUGACGUGUCGUUCUGUCAUCAGAUGAUUGACAAGCAGCUGACGACUUCAUCAGUUGAAUCAAACUUCUUCGCUCGUCACAGUUAUUUUCUCAGUCCCAAGAUUUGAAUUUCAAUCAUAUUUAAAUCUGUGGAGCGAAAAAACUAAAUGGAGAAAAGUCUGAUGAAUAUACUGUUGUUUUACGACCACUUAGAGUUUAGAAACACUCGCCCCGAAGCUUCAGGGGUUGAGAUCGAGUGAAGCUGCUUUUGAAAUUAAAAUAAAAAGAUUUGUGACGCA